AUGGCGGAGACAACGAUCGAGUUGCCUUACUUGGCAUCUCAUUACGCUAUCCCCGAAGCAACUCUCAGUACCCUGACCCAGGCGCCUACUGCGGAUCUUGUCAAUCAGCUUCUUGAAUCCAUUACCAAGAAAGCGCAUGCGUUCGACGAGCUUAAGUCGGACAAGCUACGCUUGGAGGUUGAACUAGAAAAUGCUGUUCGCAGCAACGAAUCCAAGAUCAAGGUGCUGAAGGGAACGGUGGAGAAAGGCCACUCCGAGAUCGAAGAUCUGAGGAAGAAGCUGCAUGAAUCCGAAAACACGCGCUCAACCCUCGAAAGUGAAAUUUCUACCCUCAAAUCAUCGUCCACUACCAAUGAAAGCGAAGUGAGCUCUCUGAAGUCGCGCAUCACCUCUCUCGAGGCCUCGAAUCGAGAUACUCUCGCUCUACUCGAAUCUAAGUCUGCUGCUCACGACAAACUUGCCGAGGAGCUGUCAGCGCAACACAAGAAGACGAUUGAGCUACGCCGCGAACUUUCAACCGCAGAGCAGAAUAUCCAGAACGCCAAUUCCGCAUCUGCAAGUGCGCGAUUCCGGGAACAGAACUUGCAGCAAGAAUUGGACCUCACUAAGAAGAACAAUGAAUGGUACGAGACCGAGUUGAAGACUAAGAGCGCCGAACACAGCAAAUUCCGAAAGGAGAAGGGUGCUCGUAUCUCUGAACUUCAACGUGAAAAUGAGGAAGCAAAUUCCACAAUUGAAACCCUUAGACGCACAGAGAACUCGCUCAAGAGCCGCCUGGAUGAAACCGAGCAGCGUUACGAAGAGUCACUGGCGAGUAUCACUAAGCUCAAGGAAGAUGCGAUCCAAGCUUCGGAGUCCUUCCGCAUCGAAUUGGACAGCGCCAACCGACUUGCUGAGCUUCAAGGAUCUGCCGCUCAAACCGCCAAGCAACGUGUUCAAGAGUGUCAGCUGGCACUCGAGAAAGCCAAGGAUGAUGCGGCGGAGGAAGUGUCUCGUCUGCGGGUUGAAAUAGAAUCUGAACAUGCAGACAAGACCGCUGCCGAGAAGCGUGUUUCUGAGCUUGAAGUGGCCAUCUCACAACUGGAGUCUGACGGAGGCCGCAACCGAUCCAUGAGUCCAGCUCGCUCGCUGAACGGUUUCGCUCCUAGUACUCCGAUGCGGGCAGGAACCCCAGGAGGCACCUUCUCCCCUCGAGCUUCUCGAACUAAGGGUGGUCUUACUCUGACUCAGAUGUACACCGAAUAUGACAAGAUGCGCAUGCUACUUUCUUCUGAGCAACGGACCAACCAAGAGCUUCGAUCCACUGUGGAUGAAAUGGUCCAGGAACUGGAGUCCAGCAAACCCGAGAUUGAUGAAUUGCGAGCAGACCACAGCCGCCUCGAGAACGCUGUCAUGGAAAUGUCAAACAUCCUUGACACCGCCAACAAGGAACGGGAAAAUGCUACCAAAGAAGCACGGAAAUGGCAAGGCCAAGUUGAGGGGCUGACCCGCGAGGGUAGCAUUCUACGCCAGCAGCUUCACGAUAUCAGCGCCACCGUCAAGGUGCUUCUGUUGGAAGUGGCUCUUGCCAAAGAAGGCGAGGACUAUGACCGCGAUGAGCUGGAACGGAUCGCUCGCAAACAAGUGGAAGACAACUCAGCCGAACUCAACGCCACUGGCCGCUGGAUCAGCGAAAACGUGACUACGUUCAAGAACCUGCACGAUUUACAACAGCAGAAUCUUGACCUUCGUCGUAUGCUCCGUGAAAUCGGCGAUAAGCUGGAGAGUGAGGAAGCUCGUGAGAAGUCGGCUGUUCACCAACAAGAGCAGGAGGAGCUGAAGGAACUGCGCAUUCGAUGCCAGACUUACCGGGACGAAAUCGCCAACUUACUUUCCCAAAUCAAGAGUUACGUGAAGGAGCGUGAUACAUUCAAGAGCAUGUUGAGUCACCGCCGACAGACUGUCGGUGAUCCCUCUGUUCUCUCGCAAUCUAUGCCCCCUGGCACCAUUCCUUUCGGAGCCGCCAACAGCCAAUCCGGCGACACGAGCGGCUCUGCUGAGUUGCUCCGAAGUGUCCAAGCUCAAUAUGAUACUUACCGCGAAGAGAUGACGUCUGAUCAUGCCGCUCUUCGUCAGCAAAUCAAUGAGCUUUCCCGGAAGAACAGCGAGCUUUUCAGUGAAAUCAGCCGCUCAAGCAGUCAACUCGCAGGCGCCUCUCAACGCGCUGAUCUUCUUCAAAGCAACUUUACGAUGUUGAAGUCUGAGAACAGUGAUCUUCAAAAACGCUAUUCCACUCUCCUUGAAAAUGCCAAUCGACAAGAUAUUCGCACGCAGCAAGCCGCCGAGGAUAUUGUAGAGGCUAAGGGUCUUGCAGAGAGUCUUCAGCGUGAAAAUGCCAACCUGAAGGCCGAAAAGGAUCUUUGGAAGAGCAUUGAGAAGAGACUGCAGGAGGAUGUCGAAAACCUUCGGAACGAGCGGACCCGACUCGACUCCUACAACGCCAACCUCCAGACAAUGCUCAACGAGCGUGAGCACACUGAUACGGAGACUCGGCGCCGACUUCAAUCAAGUGUUGAAACCCUCGAGUCUGAGCUCCAAUCCACCAAGCGCCAACUCAAUACCAUCACGGAGGAGUCCAAGCAGGCCAGUCUGCGCCGUGUUUACGAACAGGAACAAAGCCAGAAGCGGAUCGAUGAUCUGGUGACAAGCCUGGGCGCAGUUCGGGAAGAAUUGGUUGCGAUCAAGACUACUAAGGAUCACCUUCAAACUCGCGUGGAGGAGCUUACCGUCGAGCUCAAGAGCGCAGAGGAGCGCUUGCAGGUCGUCCAGUCACGACCUAGCGUGUCUACGAACGCCACAGAAUUCCUUGCUUCAGACGCCCAGGGAGCCGAAGAGGGCAGUGGUCUCAGCCGAGAGCAGGAACUGGCCAUCGAGGUUUCGGAGCUGAAACGCGACUUGGACUUGGCGAAGGGCGAGCUUGCCCAUGCUAAGGAGCAAGUGCAAGAAUACCAAGCUAUCAGCCAGUCCACCGAAGAGCGUAUGGAGGCAGAGGCCGAGACCAACGGACAGUACCGCGAGGAAACCGAUCGUCUCAUCGAGGAGAAGGACAAGAAAAUCAAGGAUUUGGAAGCUCGUGUUGAGGAAAUCUCUUCAGAGCUCUCCACCACUAGUGCCGAGAUUUCAAAGGUGCGCGAAGAGCAGACCGAAGCCACACGACACCUCGAAGAGCAGAAAAUCACACUUGAGUCUGAAAUCACUCGCCUUAAGGAUGACAACGAAAGACACAUCGCCGCUGCCCAGUUCCAUCAAGAGGACAUCAAGGCACAGGCAGAGAUUGCCCAAAAUGCCCAGCAAAACUACGAAACCGAGCUCGUCCGCCACGCUGAAGCGGCCAAGAACCUGCAAACCGUCCGUGCGGAUGCCAAUCAUCUCAAGCUGGAAAUGGCCGAAUUGCGAACCCAGUCCGAGAAUUAUAAGAAGGACUUGGCUCAGAAGGAGGAGAGCUGGGUUGAGCAGCGUGCCAGGUAUGAGGGUGAACUGGCAGAAUUGCACAAGCGCCGCGAGGAGGUACUUCAUCAGAACUCCUUGCUUCAUACCCAACUUGAGAACAUCACUACACAGAUCUCUUCUUUGAAGCGUGAUCGUGCUAAUGUCCCCGAGUCUUAUGACCAAGAAGGGGAGCAGACGGGCUCAAACCUGGAGGGUCUGCAAGAAGUCAUCCACUUCUUACGCCAAGAGAAGCAAAUUGUGGAUGUGCAGCUCCAUCUGUCUGAGCAAGAAGGCAGACGCAUUCGACAGCAGUUGGACUACACACAGUCUCAACUUGAUGAGACACGGCUCAAGCUUGAGCAGCAACGCCGUGCUGCUGCCGAUAGCGAUCACAACACUCUGAACCAUAACAAGCUUAUGGAGACGCUCAAUGAGCUUAACCUUUUCCGCGAAAGCAACGUGACCCUUCGCAGCCAGGUUAAACAAACGGAGAACUCCCUCGCCGAAAAGUCCUCUUUGAUUGACGAGCUUCGUCUAAAGAUCGAGCCCUUGGAGACCAGGAUUGUCGAAUUGGAGAAUAUUGUGGAGGGUAAAGAUGGGGAGAUGCAGAUCUUGCAGGCGGACAGAGAUCGUUACCAACAGCGUGUGCAAAACAUCCUUCAAAAAUACGAUCGGGUUGAUCCUGCGGAGAUGGAAGCUCUCAAUGAGAAAAUUGCAGGCCUAGAGAAAGAACGAGAUGAAGCAGUGGCUGCUCGAGAUGAGGCUGUAUCCACUCGCGAUGCUCUGCAGGUCGAGGUCGACUCAUUCCCUGAGCAAUUAAGGAUUGGUUCCGAGGCCCGAGUGAAUGAGCUGCGCACGAAACUUACGGAGCAGUUCAAGGGCAGAUCUAAGGAACUUUCCGGACGCAUCAACAGCAAGCAGCAAGAACUCAAUGUGGUCUUGCAGGAGAAAGAAGUGAUCCAGGAAGAGUUGAACACAACUAAGGCGGAGUUAGCAGCACUCAAGGCCAAUACAACCAACGGCUCCGCCCAUGUAACGGCACCUACGCCCGCACCUGUACCUGCUGUGCAAGAACCUACCACGGUCAAUCCCACGCCAGCAUCCCAGUUCCCCACUUCAACCACACAGGUUAUCGCCUCGGGUGAUGAACCAAAGAUCAAGGCCCUGGAAGAGAAGAUCCAGCGUCUUGAGGCCGCCCUUGCCGAGAAGGAUGGUCUUUUGGCAUCAAAGGACGCUGAAAUGGAGGCCAAGAUCAAGGAGCGUGCUGAUCGACUCAAAGAGGUGUUCAACAACAAGCUCGCUGAAGUCAGAGCCGCCCACCGCCAAGAAAUGGAGAAGCUGUCAGGCGGAGAAACUACCGUGCCUGCUACACCUGGCAUGGCUACUGACUCGGCACCCGCAACGCCGUCCAAAACCUCUGCUCUGCCCGAUCUGACAGAUGCCCAAGCGCGCUUGCUUGUCACAUCGAACGAGACUAUCCGCACUAUUAUCCGCAACAACAUCCGCAAUCACAUUGCCAAAGAAAGGGAGAAGAUCGUUCAAGAAGUUCAGUCAUCCUCCACUGGAAAUGACGGCGCUGCUGCGGAGAUUGAACAGAAGUUUAAUGAGGAGAGAGACUCUCUCAAGAAAGCCCACGAAGCAGAGGUGGAAGAAAAGGUUAAAUCCGCCCGUGAGCUUUCCGACAAGAAAUCCGCUGCUCGCAUCAGCAUGCUGGACGCUCGAAUGAAGACCGCACAGGCCAAGAUUGAGGUUGUUCAGAAGGCCGCUGGUGAGACUCCGCAGAAGCCUGUUGUCGAGGUCUGGGAGGUAGCCAAGACAGCACGGCCACCGGCCGCUGCGCCGAAGCCGGCCCCAUCGCCCGCUAUGCCUGCUUCUCCUGUCCCUACGGUACCUGCCCAUACGGCAUCUGCCCAUACGGCAUCUGCCCCUACGGCACCUGCGCCUGCUGCCGUACCGACUCCAGCGCCAGCUCCAGCUGCUGAACAAACCGCUCCUCCUGCUCCGAGCCCCAGCAUUGCCACUAUCCCCGAAUCUACGGCGACAGAAGGACAAGUAGAAGAAGGCGAGGCAGAGGAGGCAACCACACCGGCCAAUCCAUUCGGCCAAAUGCAGCAGAACAGCCAGGCUAACCAGCCUUCUUCGUUGCCGAGCAAGCCACCUCCUGGAACUGGUCCUGCGGCAUUGAAGGCUCUUCAAUCUGGACUUCCAGUCGCCCGAGGUGGCCGUAACGCGGCCCGCGGUGGAGGCCAGCAGAAUCCUUUCGGUCAUGGCCAGCAACAGCAACAGCAACAGCAACAGCAACAGCAACAGCAACAGGGUCAAGGCCAGAGCCAGCGCGGAGCUGGUCUUACCAGGGGACGCGGUGGACGCGGAGGUGGCCAGGGCCGUGGCGGCAACCAAAAUGCUGCCAACGCCCAGAACCAACCCCAGACCCCCGCGGCCAACCGUGGAAACCUGAAUGUUCAAGCCAAGCAGUUUGUUCCUCAACCAGGCAACAAGCGAGGCCGUGAUGAUAACUCCGAUGCCGCAAAUGACGGUGGAAGUGGUGGAAAGCGGAUGCGAGGAGGCGGAGGACAAGCGCGCGGUGGAGCUUCCUCCUAG